GCCCGGCUGGCCCAGCCCCGCCAAGUUCCAACAGCCCCUAGCCGAGCGAGCGCCGGGAACGAGCACCGCCCGGGCAGAAGCACACGGCGCAGACCAGCCAGACUGAGGCGCGCGGCGAGAAGGCUCCGGCGAAACUCUCACCAGCCGGGGACUUUGGAAAGAAGCGAGCGAGCGGUCCCCGCGCGCGCGAGUCCACAAGUGAGCGCUCAGCUCACCUGUUUCUGCCGCGCUACCGCCUUCCCACCCCUCGGACCCUCGCCUCCCGAGCCGCCCGCCUGCUCCCGCGAUGAAUCCGGCGCUGGGCAACCAGACCGACGUGGCCGGCCUGUUCCUGGCCAACAGCAGCGAGGCGCUGGAGCGCGCCGUGCGCUGCUGCACCCAGGCGUCCGUGGUGACCGACGACGGCUUCGCGGAGGGCGGCCCGGACGAGCGCAGCCUGUACAUCAUGCGCGUGGUUCAGAUCGCCGUCAUGUGCGUGCUCUCGCUCACCGUGGUCUUCGGCAUUUUCUUCCUGGGCUGCAACCUUCUCAUCAAGUCCGAGGGCAUGAUCAAUUUCCUGGUGAAGGACCGGAGACCGUCUAAGGAGGUGGAGGCGGUGGUCGUGGGGCCCUACUGACCGGCCCCCGGCCCCCGCGGCAGCCGCCCCUCGCCUCCCCACUUCGCCAGCCCAGCCGCGCCCUCUCGCCAUGCGCGACUGGGCGAAGCAAACCUGUCGGAGUCAGUUUUUUCUCUCGACUUUUGCCUUUCGGGAUGAAGCGAACCCGUUUAUCGCUCGCCCUCUGAAAGUCCCCAGGCCUGGCAGUAGGAAAAGAGAGCCUUGACUCUGGACUCAGCAGCAAGUGGCAAGAGAAGGCGAUUAGGGCGCAGAACUUUGGAAGCUGCCGCUAGCGCAGAAUGCGGGGACACCGACCCAGGCCAAGGCCCUUUUCCACCCGCAGGUGGGCCAAGCUCGGGGGUGCAGGUGGAGAGGGUGGGCAGGCGGAGACCAACGGCACCUAUUGCCCGGUGACCGGAAAAGUGACCCGCAUAUAUGCCACUUAACCGAACUAUCGGGGACACGCAAGCCGUCUCCGGGUUCGCGCGCAUUCCCUCCAGCUCCUUGUAGCCCCGGCAGGACAGGCGAUAAAUACCUUUGAUUGAUUGUAACGUGACGUUUUAAAGGGUUUUGUGUUUGUUUGCUUGAAUACAAGUAUUUGAUAAGUCUUUUUCCGCCCUAGUGGCCUGUUUCCCUGCCUGGGGGUUAGAGUUUUGUGUUAGGGGAAGGGGUGGGGGAAGGGGAGCCUGCGAAUGUGAAUGGGGUGACAAUUCUUUUAUUGCAUUUCCAACUGGGUCUUGAGGGGGGGCGGGGGGGACGGGGACUGGCACUCUAGCUGGCCCGCGGGGCAAAGAUCCGGGAUAGAACUCCUAGCUCGUGACUGCACGGUUUACACCACAAAAGUGCUCUUGACAUUGGUGACACCGUUUUGACUUUUCUUUUUUUCUUAUUUAAAAUUUCCUUAAUAAAUGCAACGUUUAAGUGUUUU